AUGGUCAUGCCAGACGUCUCGAUACAGCGCUCAGAUGGCAGCAUGCGUCCACCAAUCAUCUCACCGCCGCUGCCACUGAUACGGCGCACCGAUUCAGAUACCCCCUACUCUCAGUCUGCUACGCCCAUACAAACAGCACCUAGCUCACCCCGCCUACAGCCUCGUGCGCAAACGCUCUCUGUACCGGGCGUGACACGGUCAAAAGUCUCGCCUGAUGGUCAUGUUGCUCAAACUGCAUCAAAACUUGUCAUUGUCAUGGUUGGCUUGCCGGCGCGGGGUAAAUCCUACAUUGUCAAGAAGCUAGCGCGGUACUUCAACUGGCUAGGACAUUCUGCACAAGUCUUCAAUUGCGGCGAUCGGCGACGUUUGUUGGCGACCAAUCGACAAGAUGCAGACUUUUUCGAUAGAAACAAUACAAAAGCGCAUGCGAUUCGUGAACAGAUGGCCUUGGAGACACUUGAUGCGUUGAUUGAGUGGGUCACAACUGUUGGGACGGUGGGUAUCUUUGAUGCCACCAACUCAACCGUCGCGCGGCGUAAAGCUAUUCAGGAACGUAUCGCCAGGGAAGAUCAUUUGCACGCCUUGUUCAUCGAAAGUAUAUGCACCGACUCGGAGCUGCUAGAAGCAAACAUGCGCUUGAAGCUCAACGGCCCAGACUAUCGCUCGCGCGACCCUGUUGAGGCCCUAGCAGACUUCAAGGAGCGCGUCAAGAAUUACGAAGCGCAGUACGAAACAAUUGGCGAUGCGGAAGAGGCAGCUGGCAUGUCGUACUGCAAGCUCAUCAAUGUCGGCAAAAAGGUCAUUUCCUGCAACAUUGAGGGAUUCCUGGCUGGUCAGGCCAUCUAUCUCCUUCUCAACUUUAACCUUGCUGAGCGUCUCAUCUUCAUUACCAGGCACGGUGAAUCAGAGGACAAUGUCAGUGGGAAGAUUGGUGGUGAUGCAUCGCUGACCCCGCGUGGUCGCAAGUACGCUGCUGCCCUUGCACGACUUGUCGAUCAGCAACGCAUAAAGUUUCGAGAUCAUCAGCUCGAACAGUGGCGUUCUCAUCCACGCAUUAUUCCAAAGGAGUCAGAUCACUGGACAGAGAAUCCACAACCAAGGGAUGGCUACUACGCUGAUGCGCCUCCUGUUGAAAAGUCCUUCUCCGUAUGGACAUCCAUGCUUGCUCGAUCUCGCGAAACGGCAGAAACAUUCAGCGAAGAAGUCUAUGAUGUCAAGUCCUUUAAAACGAUGGAUGAGAUCGACUCUGGUCUCUGCGACAACUUGACGUAUGCAGAAAUCAAAAAGCUGCAUCCACGGGAGUUUGAGGCGCGUCGGCGAGAUAAGAUGCACUACCGCUAUCCAGGUGGUGGCGAAAGUUACCUUGAUGUGGUACAUCGCCUCAAUCCACUCAUUGUCGAGUCUGAACGGGCGAAACACCACAUCCUCAUGAUUUCCCAUCGUGUGGUGUCGCGCAUCCUAUUGUCUUACUUUCUCUCGCUGUCCAUCAAACAAGCGACUGAACUCGAAGUGCCGUUAGAAGUAUGCUAUUGCGUCGUACCGCGUAGCUAUGGUGCUGAUUUGGCAAAGUUUAGCUGGGAUGAAGUGACGGAUACGUUUGUGGAAGAAGUCAUCUCUGGAGGUUUCCAGACGUUGAGCGCUUGA